UAAGGACACAACCGGAAGUAGGAAUCUGCGUAUGUUUGAAGCGAGCGUUCACAGGCUUGCACAGUGACAUGUUACAGUUUGUAUUUAUUUCGCAGCAAGAGUGUUUGCUAAAGUGGACAUAUCAAGGCGUAACUGCGUACAGAGGUUUAGUGUCACGUUAGAAAAGCACGAAAUGGCUCAGUACACUUUCCAAGAGCAGCUGCUGUCCGUCAUGGAGGUUGUGGCCAAAGCAGCGACGGAGGAAAUUAACCGGCGUGUAGCCGACAGCUGUGCGGUUAUCCGCCUCGAGCUCUCCCGCAGCCAGAGAGACAUAGACAGCCUGAAAAGGAAGUGUCAGGUGAUGGAGAAUGAACUGAGGAAGGUACGCGGAAGAGGGAGGAGGAAAGUGUUCAUCUGCAGCUCCUCUGAGAAGAUACCUUUUCAGAGUGUGUGUGCCAGAGACACUGGUGUAAAUGCAUGCAGAGCUGAACAGCCUGUUCCACCAACACAGGAGGAUCCUGAAGUGUCCACACAGCACAUCCGUCAGACUAUCCAGAUACUGGAGGACAGAUCUGCAGCAGCUGCCAUUAAAGAGGAGGGAAAUGAAAUUGAUCCAUGGAGUAGGGGAGAGGCUGGAGGGCAGUUUCCUUAUGGUCGUCAUGGCAACAAGCCACACAACUCAGCUCAGGAGAUAUGUGAAGACCAAAACCGAUUUAGUGAAGAUAUGGAGAGACAGAUGACGCACCUCACACGCAUCAGUUCUCCGGUUACGAGCAGUGAGGAGCGUCCAAGCAGUCUAAGACUUCAGGUGAAAACUGAAAAGGAGGAAGAGGAAGAGAAGGAAGUAGCAGAAGUCAUCCUGGUGGAAGGGUCUGAGCAAAGGAGAGAAGAAACUAAUCACCAGGAGUUUGCUUAUAACAGCAACAGUAACGAGGCAGAAAGAACAGACAAGUCCUUCACGUCCACUCAGCUUUCAUGUGACCUUUCAGUCUUCUCUCAGCCUGUGGAAGCCGCCAUGGAACAAUCCGGAAAUGAUGCCAAAACUAUACAGAAUGACCAGAUAGAGAUGUAUGGUGUCGGACAGGUCAGUGUCCAUGAGCAACCACAGCCAGCCUGGUGCAGAGACAGAGCACAUGAGGCAGAUCAUAUGGUACAAAGACAGAGGCAUGAUGGCUCAAGCACACACCAGCAGCACAGGACUUUAUCCAGACCCAGUGAGGCCGGAGUCGGAGCCGGCAUGGCCUCUCAGACCGGAUCUAACAUACCCCACCAAGCCUUUUUGGGAAGAGGCCGUGGCGGACUCAGACGUUUCCGCGCUCAGUGGGUGACAAGCGUGGACGGAGAACGGCGCUUCAGAUGCUCAUUCUGUGAGCGGACCUUUGUGCGUUUUGGCCAGCUGAAGGAGCACAUGCGCAGCCACACUGGCGAGAGGCCGUACACGUGCAGCCAGUGCGGCCGCAGCUUCACCAAACAGGGCAAUCUGAUCCGGCAUGCCGUCGUGCACAGUGGAGAGAAACCAUACCAGUGCAGCCUGUGUGGGAAAUGCUUCACUCAGCGCUCCAGCUUAAAGUCCCACCAGAAAACACACACGCCGGACAGAGACACUGUUCUGCAAGGAUUAGCUGUGCGUCAGCUGGUCAGAGAGCAACACGACAGCCUGGCUGUGACACAAACCAGGGGUUUUGUAUAGCAACAAUCCAGAACUGAUUUCAGUAUGACUUGGAAGGGCAAGUGUUGAUAAGCAGUUACACAGAUACUGUCGCAUUCAUUGACACUUCCCAAUAUGUGGCUGCCUAAAGAAGCUGAGUGUUUGAUCAGUGCUUACAUUCUCUAGGAACGUUCUUUCCUAUUCAGAAGACAGCAUAAUAACAGAUGUCUUCUAAAAUUCCUUAUUUUGGUCAGAUUUGAACGAAUAUCAUUUGCUGUUUUUGGUGAAGGACAUACUGUUCAUGGACAAGAGUUCUGUUGAAAGUUUGAAAAGCAUGACAGAUAGCUAAUCUAACAUAAACAACACUAGCUAGCUAAUGUAAUCUGUCCUAACAGGUUAUGUAGGUCAGAGUUUGUAGGUUGUGCCACAAUGUGGCAGUGUUGGCAUUAAGCGUGCUCCUUUUUUAAGCAGCAGACUCCAGUACAUUCCCAAUGCAUUAAUCACUGUGGUCUUUUUCACCAGACUUGUGCUAUGACCAGUGCAUGUCCCUUGUAAAGCAUAUUGAGCAUUUGAGUUCUGUUAUUACGGCAUUCCAUGUGGGUCACACUCGUGAUUUCAAGCUAGUCUUGGCUCUUAAUCUAGACAGUGCCUGGCUACAUUUCAGCCUGUAGUUGUCCUGCAGCAGUGCGCUCUCUCUCUCUCACAUCAAAUAAUAAUUUGAAGUAGCUGACAUACCGAAGCAUAGUCUUCUAGAAAACAUCUUACCUUUUGCCAGACACUGUGUAUUGUCUUGUUGUGCAAAAAUGACAAUACAUAUCAUAUUGUGAAACGUUUCUCGUUACGCCACUAUAGACAGUGAUGCAAAACUAUUGCAUCUCAGGAUAUGUGCACACUUGCUCUCUCUGCCGGUCACACAUAUCGGCUGUAUAUCAGUUGUGCUUGUCGUAGUGUAUUGAUUCAACACAGUGUCAUGAAAUCAUAUAGAUGGGUCUCCACCACUAACAUUUCCACCAAACACAAUGUACCAUUUCCUGACGGUUAGUGAAAUCCUGUCUCCUGUCCUCUCACAUCCUUCAAAUGUUGUGGUCUGUGUUUUGGUUUGCAUUGUUACACAGGUUGGGAACCUCUGAUGAACCUCAGAUUAACUUGCUAGGUAGAGUUGCUUACCUAGUAUAAGUGUAGUGCAGUAUUUUUACAUGUGAAGGACUUUACUCAGUGACUUACAUUUAGCAGGUUGAAGAUUCUCCACAAGGGGGCGCUCUCAAAUAGCUGAUGGAUUUAUUGUUAGUAGAACCAGCAGGUUCUGACAAAACGCAUAUAUUUGCACUUAAAAAAACGUGUAUAUGAAGUAAAACAGCUGAAACACACCAUACGCCAACACUGGCUACCAUCAACUGCUACAUGACUUUUUUUUUUUUUAAGCUGAUACUGGGAACGUCCUGUCAGUCAGUAACAUAAAACCUAACAUAAAACAUAAAAUUGUAUAUAUACUUAUAUACAAUAUGUCAGGCCAAAAUACCCAUUUUUUUGUCAUCCAAGUGACAUUGAUCAUUUAACAAAACAAAGUUCAUAAAACGCCUGUUGCUAAUUUCAGAUUAUAGACAGAUGUGUCAAUAAGCUAAAAGUAGAAAUAUGAAACGGCUUUAUUGAUUCUAAUUGUUUCAUUUUCAUUACAACAUUUAAAACACAAGAAAUUAAGUCAUCUUUUAGAAAACUGCUCUCAGUUUGUUUCUCGUUAAUGACACCGUCCUUUUUAUAGCAAAUUCAUAAUCCAUGACUGAAAAAAGUACUCAAAAAAUCUAAAUAUGAUGAUUUAAUACCUGCACAUACUCUUUUGGGCAUUGCCAUGAAAUGGAUCUGAGGUGUGACAAUUUAAGUGAUUUUUGUAAGGAUGUAGUAAAUGUUAAACAUUUUUGUUAAUGAAAAAAAAAAAAAAAGUAGACAUGAGGACAUGAAGGCCAAGUGUGUACAAGUGUGAAGAAUUUGAGUUUAUUGAUAUUAAAUAUGAUAUCUUUCAUUAUUUUACAGGAACAUUAAAACAGGUGAUGGUCCAAUGCAGAAUUUGACCAAAACUUAUUUGCAUAUAAGUUUUGUUCAAAGACUCAUCAGUUUUUUGAAGGUCGGUGUGGUAAAAGCAAAAAUGAUAUGAUAAACAACAAACCUUGCUUCAUUUUCAUUAUUGUGAUGUUAUAAUGAGUAGUACUGAUGAUUAAAAAAAUCUUUUUUACAAAUAGAAUAUCUCAGAGCAUCCGUUCCUUUCAGGGUUUGAGUGCAGAGAUUUUCGUGUAGCUUCUCUGUUAAUAAACAUGUUUAUGCUGUUUCUCACACCAGGAAUAACUCACAAUGCAUGAUCAGUUUUCUGACAUGAACCAGGAAACUAGAACAUCUAGAACAAAAGUGGAAUUCAGUGUUGGAUUUUGUAAUGCAUGUUUGGCUGUGAUCCACCAUUUGCACAUGCAUUAGAAAAAUGCAACCUGAAUGUUAAAGUGAAAUUAGCAAAUAGAUUUUAAUUUUUGUGGUUUGUUUUUCUUUUUUUGCUUUCUUUGAUUCCUCUUAUCGUUUUAACAUGAUCUCUGACAAGACAUGACUGAUGUCCAUGUGAUAUGAACUAAAAAAUUGGAUUAUUUAUUUUCAUAGAGGUUCUUACAAAGGUGCCAGGCUAGUUUUAACGGUAAAUAUAUGCCGUAUACCACAUUGGUAUCUGACUGUAAAUACAGAAAACUGACUGCUGUAGCUGAGUGAUGUAAUGUUAUCUUUGGCCACAUUCGGAACACAAGUCUUAUUGCUCAGUUCAGAUUUUUUUCCUUACAAUUCAAAAUUUAUGGCCUUACCAAUAGGUCAGCUGUAACCGUUAUUUUGAACAAAUCUGUGUUCUCACUGCACUGAAACAAAACACAUUAUCACAAAUUUCAAAGUUGUGUAGGUGUUCUGUGAAUUUCUGGGCCAUGUGAAAAUGUAGUGUGUGUUAGAGGACCUUUGCUUCUUUUUGAAAAGGCUUUUCAGUGCAGGGCCAUUUGCAUCAUGAACAUAAAAAAAGCAUUUUUUUCUGCAGUGAUAAAAUGAGCAAACAAGUAGCACAACAUUCUUUGCUCUGGAGGUCUAUUGUCAAUCUGUCACCUGUUCAGGAUGAAACUUAGAUGCACAGAUUUUGCUCAUUGUGGAGACAGGUUCAGGUGUGAGAGAUGUUUAGAUGCUGGAAAGGAGCCAGUGGUGAUGUGCAUGUAUGAGGCUCAAAUCUUGAUGACGUGGUUACUGUAGAUGAUUGAAUAGCAGAAUGAGUAUAACAUUGAAUACUCCACAUUUUGGUCACACAUUGGACAAUAAUUAGGCACAACAUUGCGUUUGGGCCAGUGUAGACUUGUAAUAUUAAUGCAACCUUUGAAACUUCACAAUCAGGGGUGGGUCCAGCAGGGAGAGUAGUGGAAGUGACUACCCAGGCCCAGUAGGAGGGGGACCUUAAGGGGCCUAGAAGUAGAAAUAAUUCCAAGGGGCCUGAGUAGAUGGACUCACAAGGAAUAAAAUUGUCAGGAAAACUAACAAUUCUAAUGACUUUUUCAACAGACAUUAGCAAACAUCCUGUACUUGGUGCAGCUCUCCAGCUCAUAUCACAGCUGCUGGCUGUACAUUUGAGAGAGUAUGUUUGGUCGACUUACCACAAGUGUGUAAAGCUUCACUGAAGCUUGCGACUAAUCACCUAUCACCAUUGUUCCCAAUGACCAAUCACUGAUCACCAUUGUUUCCCAAUGACUGAUCACUGAUCACCAUUGUUCCUAACGACCAAUCACUGAACAUCAUAGUUCCCAAUGACCAAUCACUGAUCACCAGUUUUCCAAUGACCAAUCACCGAUCACCAUUGUUCCCAAUGACCAAUCACUGAUCACCAUUGUUCCCAACGACCAAUCACUGAAUCACUGAUCACCAUUGUUCCCAAUGACCAAUAACUGAUCACCAUUGUUUCCCAAUGACUGAUCACCGAUCACCAUUGUUUGCCAAUGACUAAUCACCGAUCACCAUUGUUCCCAAUGACUAAUCACUGAUCACCAUUGUUCCUAACGACCAAUCACCGAUCACCAUUGUUCCCAACGACCAAUCACUGAUCACCAUUGUUCCCAAUGACCAAUCACUGAUCACCAUUGUUUCCCAACGACCAAUCACUGAUCACCAUUGUUUCCCAAUGACUAAUCACCGAUCACCAUUGUUCCCAAUGACCAAUCACUGAAAACCAUUGAUAUUCUGAUAUUCUAUUCAGAAAAGUUGCAUUCCUCAUGU